UACAAGUCUUAAGCUCUUUUCCACUUUUUCUUUUUACCUAAUUCCCCCCCACAAUUACUACUUCUAAAUGCCUGAAUCCCCACACGUCCCCUCUGUGGUGGUGAGCCAGUUCUUGGCCUCUGAUUCAGACUCAAAUCCUGGUCAAUACCCAGUCAUUUUGGCUGACUUAAUUGAGUCCAAGGAGUUAUCAUUACUUCAAUUUAUUCAAGUUUUGGGUCCACAUCUUACCUCUGAUUCAGACCUGAUCCGCCCUCGGGCCAUUCAAUGUCUUGCGGAAACCCUCAAACAGAUCCAAACCAGUACCACCCUGAAACAAGUGCUCUCUCGACAAGACGUUGGAGUACUUCUUCAAUUUUUGAUUUCCAAAUUUGAUGAUUCUGUUUGUCUCAUAUAUGUGUUCCAAACCCUUUCCACCUUGGUUCAAUUUUCAACGUUCCACCGUUCCUUGUUGCCCGACUUGCUCCAAGCAGUGGUGGAUAAAUAUAACCCAAAGUCUCAUUUGGCCAAAAUUAGAUAUGAACCAUUUGUUCUUCUUCAACAAAUUGCAACAAAGUCUUCUUGUCAACAAGAUUUCGUAGAUUCUCCAUCUACAGCAGACUUGUUCGUGUCGUCCUUUAUCCAUGUGGCUACCGGUGAAAAGGAUCCAAGAAACCUUCUUGUUUCCUUUGAAUUGAAUGCCUUCAUCGCUUCCAUUGUUACUUUUGACCAAUCAUCUCCCAAGCACGAAGAAUUCCUUGCCGAUCUCUUUGAUGUAGCCUUUUGCUACUUCCCGAUUUCCUUCACCCCUCCUGCAAACGAUCCAUACAAGAUCACGGCCACUGACUUGAAGUCCAAAUUGCGUACAGCCAUUGCCCUGCAACCACUCUAUGCUAAGGAUUCGUUCCCCAGUUUGAUAGAAAAACUCACUUCGACUAACCCUGCGGUUAGAAAUGAUACUUUGAAGACUAUCCAACUCUGUAUUGAACGGUACGAUUCGGAAACCGUGUUGGAGUACUGGGUGACUCUUUGGGAUGCCCUCAAGUUUGAAAUCUUACAUAAUGACGUUCUGAAAUUUAGACCGGAAGAUGAUACUAUUCUUCCCAUCAAUUUCUAUAGUGAUAUGGAUGAUACAGAUGACUUCAAACCUUUAUAUUUAACUUUACAAAUCGUUAAAGAAUUGGGAACUAAACUUGAUUCAGCAACUGUCAGUCCAGAUACCAAGGGAUCUGCCUUGCAGAACAUGUGUCAAACCAUCACCAAUGAACUCAAGGAAAACUUGAGUAAUGUCAAGGAUAAGGUAUUCAAGCAAUCCGUUUUACUUGUGACUAUUGUUGCCACCAGUACUCCUGAAGCAUUCAAUCUUAUUGUAGAUUUCUUAUUCUCCUAUUCUGUUUGGGGUAAGUAUCUUGGUGUGAGUAGAGUAGAAGAGGAAGAAGGGCAAGUACCACAGGAAAAUUCUUCAAAGGACUCUGACAUGGAAAUUGAUAUCAACAACAAGGAUAAAGAGGAGGAUUCCACUCUUACUGUAGCCAAACAAAGAGAGCUUAUUGAUAACUUGGGCUUUGUGUUGAAUUCUUAUAACGAUAUCGUUUCAAUUGCUGGACAAGAAUUUGUCAACUCCAACCAUCUUAUUCUUCAUAAGGACACUUUAUUGAUCUUUAUGGGUCAACUUCUUCAAGCUUCAUCUAAUCUUGAAAAGACAUUGAAGGCUAAAACUACCCAACAACUUAAAAAACUCAUCAAAUUGCAAGAUUUCUUGGAUUCUCAGGAAUGUACACUUAUCUUUGGAUACUUCAACGAUAUCUUGGUGGAUACCAUCAAGGAUGAUCCCAAGAACUGGGAGCGUGACACCGUUGUAGUUGAGGUUAAAGAGGCAUUGACUGACAUCAUGUCAGAAAAUAGUAACCGAGUUCCAUUGGUUAUUGAGAGAAUUUUACCUAAUUUAUUGGCAGCAUUGAGUGCUCAAGAAAAUGAAUCUUUAUCAUCCUUCACCAAGGUUUUACAAUUGAUUGGUCAAUUAUGUGUCAAUUAUCAAUUCUUGGAAAUUUUAUCUAUCCGUCUUCUCAAUAGAUUGUCGGAAUACUCCAAUUCUGGGAAGAAGGAACACUUUAUCGUUACUGUUCGUUUGUUGAUCGAUGCAGUGACAAAGACUGAGAUGACUCUGCAAUUCUUAACCAACUCUUGGUAUAAGAACUUUGUGCCUCGAUUCCUUGGAUAUGUGUUAAAAUUACAAGAUGAAAAUAUUGUGGAACUUUCUGGUGAUUUAUUGGCACUUAUUAUCAAGUACAUCGAUCGUGCUCAACAUCAAAUUAUCUUACAGGACUUUACCGGGAUCUUUUUGGAAAACAAGUCGACAUUUGUUGAAUCUAAUAGCUCUUCAACCAACACUUCUAUUCUUUCCCAACCAAGUGUCUUGGUGAACUUGUUCGAUAAAGUGUUAUCUAGUUUAGACUUUAAAGUCGUUACACUUUCAAGUGCCUUGAGCGGAGAAUUAACCGUGCACACACUUCUUAAACAGGUGGCAGGAUUGGCUGAAAACGCCUCCACCUCAACAUACGUUAGAUUGGGGUACUUACAACUCUUGGCAUUAUUGGUUAAUAAAUUCACCAAUGAUAAGGAAGAUGUUUUAUUUAUUGAAGAAGAAUUUUUGGCUCAAACUUAUUCCAAACUUGAGCAAGAAUCUACUUCUACAGAUGAGACUUUCAUUGAAUCUUUUGAAACUUUUAUUUGGACCAUCAAAGGUUUGAUUCUUAAAUCCAAUAAGAUUGGAUUAGAAUACUUUACUAAAAUUGUUUUCCUUUUAUCAUGUCCAAAUGAUCAUGUUAGUAAACUUAUUUCGAAAUCAUUGGCAGUUAUAAUGGCCGAUAUCCCAGUGUUUACCGCACCAGUAACGACAACAUCAUCCUUGAAAUCAAUUUCUUCCAAUAAACUUAUUUCAGGGGUUCAAUGUUACAACGUUCGUAUGUUAUACAAGCAAAGAAUCUUUGACAGUGCCUUACCAAUCUUACUUGAAGGGUUCCAGAAAGCGGCCAAUAUGCAGUCGAAGGAAAGCUUUUUAGUUGCAUUAUCAAGCUUUUUGAGUAACAUUCCAACAUCGGUAUUGAAGCCACAUGUUGAAGUAGUGGCUCCAUUGAUUCUCACCAGUUUCUCCAUCCGGAACACCAUAAUUUUGAAAUCUUCGCUUGAAACGUGCCAAAUUAUAUUAACCGAUUCAUCGGAAGUUAUGUCUCCACAUCUUCAAACCUUGAUUCCAAGUUUAAUAAAGUUGAGUACUAGUCCAGACUCGGUCAACACUGAAGAAAUUAGAAGACUUAGUUUGAAGUGUUUGUUAUUGACAUUCCAAAACGUGGAUGCCAAUAAUUUGGUACCUUAUCAUAAGACCACUUCUUUGAAACUUGUCAAGGCUUUGGAUGAUAAAAAGAGAAGUGUUAGAAACUUGGCCAGACAAAUCUCAUAUGAGCUUACUAAAUAGACUAAUAGACUAAUAGAUA